AUGGAUUGGGAGUAUUUGUCCCCUCUCGACCAGAUUCUUCCUCGUAUGUACUUUGGCGAGAUUCUCUGCUUUCCUUCUACGGACACGAAUUUGUUCCCACUUCUACAGCAAGGGUUAAGCAAAGUUGCGGCCAGCGUUCCGCAUUUAACGUCCUUUGUUGUCCACGAUGAUGCCCGACCGGGGAAACUUCGACUAGAACGCGGACGCGAUAGCAUUGACAACAUUUUGGUAUAUUUUAACGAUCCAUUAGAGGAGAUGCCUGAUUAUGAAAGCCUGAAAAGGACCUCAUUCCCCGUCUUCCCUCAGUCGCCUCUCUUCUAUCCUCAUAUCCCCAAUGUACCCUGGACGGCCCCAUGGCCGGUCAUGCGAGCCGAAGUCACUCGUGUUCGUGGAGGAUUCGUGCUUGUAGUUUUAGUUCACCACUGCGUUUUUGAUGGAGUCGCCUUAUCUGAGUUGCUCAACCUGUGGGCCACUUGUUGCUCCCUUAAUGCUUCAGCACAACCACCCGAAAUCGAUCAAGCUCGUCUGAACCGCACGGUACUUCAAGGGGAAGAAUUGAAACAGGAGAGCUCUCCGCCGGCGGAUAUUCUCAAGAUCGUUAACAAACAGUCUUUCUCAUCUCAAAUCAUAUCACUCAUCAAGCGAGCAUUCAACCCAAUCCUACCCAAACCUCUGUCGCCCACCUGGCCCAUAACUUUAUAUCGUUUACCAUAUGAUAAGCUACAAGGUCUCAAACAAACUCUGAACCAGUUUGCUCCCAGACUUGGUGUGCGGUUUCUAUCCACAAACGAUGUAGUGAGCGCUCUCAUAUGGAGCUGUGCCACAAUGGCAAUGAGCACCUCAUUCCAACGUUGGAAUUUUAUGAGUUAUUGCUCGACCGGCGUAUCAGUCAAUAUCCGGCCAAGAAUUCAGCCACGCCUUCCAGAUAACUUCAUUGGCUGCGCAAUUGGAGUUGCCUACAUUGAUAUGGCAAGAAAAACGCUAUGUGCUGCCGCAGAGGUGGCAUCAUUUGAGUCUCUAGCCCGCGUAGCUGCUGCCAUACGUCACGGAGUAGAUGGAAUAACUAAUGAGAAAAUGACGGAAAUAUUAAACUAUGUCGACAGUCAAGAAGAUCCGACAAAGUUACAAUGGCGACCAAAGAAGCUGAACGAGUUCUACAUUUCUAGCUGGGCAAAUCAGCGGAUUUAUGAUGCCGAUUGGGGCCCUCAUAUUGGGAAGUGCGAAGCUCUUCGAGUUGCCCAGAUAGCUUUAGCCCCGAUGUGCGUAAUACUGCCACCACGAACGGGGGUUGAAUCAAAGGACGGUCAAUACGGUGACAUUGAAUUGGUUGUUUCACUGGAAAGUUUGCACAUGGAUCGAUUUAGGAGGUCAAAGGCUAUGAGAAUGUUUGCAGAAAUAAUAGAUUGUUGA